AUUAUUUCACUGACAGUUCGCGGCGGACACUUUUACCAAACGACUUAGCAGCGCAGCGAGUUUCCAGUUUCAGUUUUAGUUUUGUUACCGGCGUUUACAUCAUGUCGAAGACCUGUUUGGUUGUAAGCGCCCUUUUGGUCUUGGGUGUUAAUGCGGACUUUUUCAGUGGUCCCUACGACCCAUACAACCCGUACCCCAUUUACGAUCCGUCUGUUUACAGUCCGUCGUUUAACUGGCGCGCACAGUAUCGCUCCGGUGAAGAUUUAGAAUCGGCAGAGAGCAGAGAACCUUUAUCACCAGAUUAUAAAGAUCCAAAGAAACUGAGCAGAGGGCCACCUAGCAAACCAAGUUUUGAUGAUGGAGUUUUACCCGGUGGCGUUUUGGACGUAGACGCUGUUGAUGGGUUUGCCAAUCCUGCCGGUAUACCCGGUUUGGGUUCAGAUUUCGGUUUUGGAAUAGGCAGCCAUGGUGGUCUUCCAAGGAGGCCCAAUUCAGGCGGCUUGUUUGGUUUCGGCAGCUUUUUUGGUCCGUCCAUGGGCGACUAUCAACCAUGGUGGAAGGGGUCAAACGUGUGCAUUGAACGCGAAGAGAGCACGGAUGAUGACGACGACGACGAGCACGCCAUCGAGAACCAAAAGAACGAGACCGAGGAAGUGCCCAAUUUCUUUUCGACGUCCAUCAGUCUCUCGAAUUGCCAUCAGACGCCGACGAAAUACGAAUGUGUCACGAAGAUUAACAAUCACGGCGUCGUGAAGACAUUUACCGUUCGCUACAAGUGCUGUUACGGCUUUGUGCGCGGCGAAGGCUCCGCCGGUUGCAACAAACAAUUAGAGCUCAAAUUAUUGGCGGAAACAAUCGAGCAACUGGAGGGCAAGUCGUUCAUGGAGAUGGUAUCGAUGGCGGGCAUGCGAGAUGAAAUCGAUAACGGCAACUUUACCGUCUUCCUGCCCACUGACCAGGCUAUUGAAGACUUUGACGAUAAAAUGACCGACAUGAAUCGCGUUGAAACUUUACGUCGCCGGCGGGACGCCAUCUCUACACCGGAACUAGUGCGCAACCAUUUUGUGCCUGGCUUUGUCGAUCUUAACGAUUUGUCUAAUGAGGAAUUAAUUACCACCGAAAACGACAACAAGUCGAUUAGGAUCAACGUUUAUCCGACUAGGUCGUUCGAGAAAAUGGUCACGGCAAACUGCGUGCGAAUUAAGAAAAGCAACAACCUGGCAAAGAACGGCAUUGUGCACGUGCUUGACGGAGUUAUGCAACCAGCUGUCAACAGUAUCCCACUUAUCGUUGAAGAACAUCCGAAACUAACCAGUUUUAAGAAAGUUUUGGAAAACACUGACCUGGACACACUUUUCAAAGAUGACGGACAUUACACUGUCUUUGCUCCAACAGACGAAGCCUUUGAAAAGUUGGACCCUGCUACAAGAGAAAAACUUUUGGGUGGUAAAGGUUGUGCCGGUAGCAUUUUGCGUCAUCACAUCGUUGGCAAUACAAUCUGUUCAUCCGCAAUCAUCGGUAAUGCGACGACACACAAUCUCGCCGGCGAAGUACUCGAGAUGGAGCGCAAGGAUGAUAACAAAUUGGUCAUUGAAGGGAACGCCAACAUUGAGAAGGCAGACAUUAUGGCCACUAAUGGUGUCAUUCACUUGAUUGAUACCAUUAUGAUCCCCGAAACAGCGCUCUACUUGAACGACGCCUUGAAGAACAACAACAUGACCAAGUUCCAGAAGUUGAUUGAAGACGCGCAAUUCCAAGAAGAAAUGAAUGCUUUCGAGAAUGCUACGGUUUUCGCUCCGAGUGACGAAGCACUCGGAACUCCCGAAGCGAAAAAGUACAUGGAGGAAAUCGCUGACGAUAAGGAAAUGCGUGAAUUCAUCAAGGCCCACGUGAUUGAUGGUAAACUCGAGACAUGCGAAAUGGAGAACAACGUUUUCUUGAACACUCUUGCCGAAGAUCAACGCUUGCGAGUUAAUUUAUAUUCCACGUUGCCAUUAUUUGCCAAUAUCGUAAAUAGAGCAACCGUCAAUUGCGCACGCUUGACCAAUUUCGACGAGAAGUCGUGCGGAUCCGUUAUCCACGAAGUCGACCGCAUCCUCAUGCCAGUAAACCAGACCAUCAUGGAUGUUAUCGAAAAUGAUGACAACUACAGCACUCUGCGCAAGGUCAUGAAGGACACCGAAUUGGUAGAGAUACUGAAGGACACCAAACGAUCAAUUUCAUUCGUGGCGCCAGAUAACGAAGCGUUCAAGAACGUUAACGACGAAGAUAUGAAGACUCUACUCGAAGAUAAGGAGAAAGCCAACUUGGUUCUUAAGAAUCACGUGCUAACAGAGGUUUUAUGCUGCGCGGGCGUCGGUCCCCAAACUUGGGGCUUCAAUAGUGUUGUCUCGACUAUGGCUGGUCAGCAUCAACAGGUUUCUCGCAGCGGGUCGCGCCAGGUACGCAUCGGUCGUGCUUCUGUCACAAAGUGCGACGGUAUGGCCACUAACGGCGUUGUCCACACCGUCAACCGGGUACUCUUCCCACAACGUCCCCACCACCCACAAUUGGGCUUCUUCUUCUUUGAUUUUUAAAUAUUUAUGUUAUCUACACCACACACACACAUACAAAAAGAAACAAUGACUGAUGUUUAAUGUUUGUACUUUUAUUAUAUUAUUAACUUUAUUACUUGCAUAACGUAGCUACCGAAGACGUGUGUAUGUUGUAAUUGUAAUUUAAAAUGGUGAUAAAAGAGUUAAAUUAUAAAUGCAGGGUUGUGAGAAGCUUGUGAAUGCGAUUACAUUUGAGAUGUUUAGAUAGGUCGCCCCAAUCGUGAAGCAUAAUCCGAAGAGGAUCACUAGUAACGCGAGCGUUGUUUGUAAAUUGGUUUGGAAGUAAUUUUGAUCCGGAUGGGUAUCGUUUGGUGAUCGUGGUGAUUGUAUCAUUAAAUUGUCUGACGCAGGUUGCGAGCUGGUCGACGCUAUUGAAGGAGUUGUUGAAUUGUAAACGAUGUUAUUAAAUACAGCCAGUUGUAAUUCUC